AUGGGCUUUGUGACACAUCUCUGCACUGAUCACUCUGGGGAGGGUACUCUUGUCUAUGCUCUGCCUACAGGAUUCUUUAUGAUUUAUAGUGGCACUGAUAACCUAGGUUAUGUAACACUUGUCGAGGCUCUGCCUACACGGGAAUUCUCACAUAUCUCUGCACUGAUCACCCAGGCUUUGCCUUCUGUGAGAUUUAUGACAUAUCUCUGCACUUAUCUCGCAGGUGAUGUAACUCUUGUCUUGGCUCUGCUUACAGGGUUAUUGUGAGA